AUGAAGGUCCUGGGAAAUUAUCUUCACCUGAAUCUUGAUAUUAUUAAGGCCGUUAAUAAAUAUGAUAGGGUAGCAAUUAGUAAACUUAACAAGAGUGGUUUAAGCGCAGGUGUUAAGGCUUGUUAUUUAAGUCAUUAUUCAAUCUUCGAAUCAAUCGUCAAGAAUGGAUAUGAAAAUGGUUUAAUUUUUGAAGAUGAUGUAGAUAUAGAAAUUAACAUCACUAAUAUUAUGACUGAAGUUCAUCGUAAAUUACCUAGUGACUGGGAUAUGCUGUACCUUGGUCAUUGCUCAGAGCGGGGUAGUUACGUCGAAACUGGUUUAACUAUUCAUGUGUUACAUAAAUCGGAACAUCCGAAGUGCACACACGCUUAUGCUGUUUCAGCUAAAGGUGCUAAGAAGCUAUUGGAAAAACUUAAUAUAAUUGACCCAUAUUAUCAUCUUGAUAUGCAGAUAGUCGAUCUUAUUAUGGCCGGAGAAAUCAUUAGCUAUUCAAUUCAUCCACCGAUAGUCGUUCAGUUUAAAGGUGUGACCGACCUGUCAGAUGUAUCUCCUGGUAUAGAAGGUGGAACUGAUCCUUUAAUGAACUCUACCCUGCGUAUUCUUGGUUAUGACCCGGAUGGGCCAAAUUCAUAA